AAAGUCAUAAAACACAAUUCGUCAGGGAUUUUUAUUAGUUAAUGAAAUUUUGUACUGCUGAACACCAGCAAGAAUAUUGCAAAUAAAAAUAUGAAUUUCGAUCUUGCUCUCUUACUCACUAUGUCCAUGGUGUUGAUGACUCUUGGUCAGAAAGAUAAGGGAACAGACAAUGGGAGUACAUUUCAGAAAAGUAUGGAUGAGAUCCUCUCAACCUUCUCUACUCAGAUUAUGCCGAUAGUUGGAGCCAAAAAAUCAACCUUGGUGAAGAUAAUAGAUGAACACAGAAAGCCGCUGAAAGAUAACUUGGAAGAACUUAGGGAAAAGAUGAACGAACGAAUAAUGGCCAUCGGCUUUGAAGUACUCGAAAAAGGUCUGGACUUCGCCGAAAUCCUGCAGAACAUGACCAGCAAGAUCAAAAAGGACGUCCUCCACUUGAAAAAAUAAAGACUGGCCCCAUCCCUUCCCCGGAAAUCAAACAUACAAUUUUCAAAAAACUUUUAUUGUAAUCCAAACUGACAAUAAACAAUAAACGAUUCUGAAGUUAAAA